AUGUCGCUCCAGGUCAACCUCUCAGGCAGGGAGCUCGCCCAGGCGUACCAAGAUGUCAUCAAUGCCCGCGGCAUAGAUUGGGCGAUCUUCACCUACGACAAAGGAUCCAACGAUCUCAAGGUGCAAGCAACCGGAGAUGGAGGUCUCGAGGAGCUUCAGGAGGAGUUCUCGGACGGCCGGAUGCAGUACGCCUUUGCUCGCGUCAAAGAUCCAAACAGUGAACUCCCUAAGUUCGUGCAGAUCAACUGGUGCGGUGACGGUGUGCCCGUCGCGAGGAAGGGUCUCUUCCAUACCCAUUCAAGUGCUGUCGCCAACUUCCUCCGCGGUACCCAUGUUGUUAUCAGCGCUCGCAAUGAGGCCGACGUAGAGCCAUCCUUCAUCAUGUCCCGUGUCAAGGCUGCGUCCGGAGUCAACUAUACGGCUCAGAAAGAAGCACCGCGCAAGUUCGAGCCUAUCACCCCCGUUGGUACGAACUAUGUCCCUGUAGGCAGACCUGACAUGGCCGCCAUUCGUCAAGGCCCUGCCAAACCACCACCGGCACCCGCCGCAGCGAAGCCAGCUAUCCCAACUGCCGCACGUCCUGUCCCAAUGGCUCCCUCGCCUGCUGCAGGAUUAGGGAAAGCUCCCGUGGCUAGCAAGGCCCCUGCGGACGCAUGGCCGGACGAGUCCAAUAGCUUCGCGCCGCCCCCACCUCCGCCUGCUGCUUCACGCCCGACUCCUGCGGCGAGCUUCGCCAAACCUGCCCCUGCAGCUUCUCCAGCAGCAGCGCGGUUCUCUCCCACCGUUACAACUCCAGUUGCCGCUUCAAACGUCCCCACGAAGCCUGCUGAAGAGGACAAGAUCGGUCCAGUGGGUACCGCGUAUACCCCAAUCAAGCUUCAGCCCAAGAAGCUCGUCAAUCCGUUCGCCGCGAUGGAGGCGAAGAACCAAACUGAAACUACUGCGCCAAGGUCUUCGCCUGCUGGUAGUGCCAAGAAGUUGACUUGGAGCGAGCGCCAGGCCCUCGCGAAAAAGCAACAGGAAGAGGAGGAAGCUCGCGCGAAAUCUGCAUUCGGCUCUCAGCCUACUCCUCCGCCUACCUCCGCGUUCCGUACUGGUGGGAGUAUUCCAGAGCCAGAGGAGGAAUUCGAGGCGCCUCCUCCGCCCCCGCCACCUCCCGCGAUUGCCAGUGCGAGCCGUCCUAUUCCUGUUCCGGAGCCCGAAUCUCAAGCAGAGGCUCCUCCGCCACCUCCCCCGCCCCUGCCCCCGCCACCGCCACCGCCCCCUGCUCCUACGGUAUAUCACGAGCCAGAACCUGCGAGGGAGGCCCCUCCACCCCCACCGCCUCCGCCACCACCUCCACCGCCGCCCGGGCCUGCAGCACCAGUCGCUCCGCCGGCUCCCCCUACACCCGAGCCCCAGCCCCAGCCCCAGUCCGAACACGCUCCAGACGCAACUGCGCAUUCGGGUCAAGGCAUCUGCGCUAUUGUGCAGUAUUCAUAUGAGGCUCUCGAGGAUAACGAGAUGGACCUCGUCGAGGGCGAGCUCAUCGAGCAGAUCGAGCAGCUAGAUGAAGGAUGGUGGUCCGGCGUUGGUGCGAACGGGACGAAGCAGGGCCUCUUUCCGGCGAACUAUGUCGAGAUCAUCGAAGCUCAGGAAGCUCAGGCUGCUACCCCCCCUCCGCCGUCGCCUCCCCCUCCCCCGCCCGCUCCUCCUGCCCCGCCUCCACCUCCCGUUGCUGCCCAGCCGGAGCCGGAGCCCGCGCCCGAGGAAGAUCUUGGGUCGUGGGCAAUCGCGCUCUACGAUUACGAAGCGGGCGAGGAUAACGAGAUUUCGUUCAAGGAGGGUGAUAGAAUCACGCAUAUUGAGGCUGUGUCGGAUGACUGGUGGCAAGGUACCGAGCCUAACGGCAAUGUCGGCUUGUUCCCCGCGAACUACGUCGAACUUCAAGCUUGA